GCGUGUUUUUCGUAGUCCGCCUUCUGUGUUUGAAUAAAGUCAAAACAUUUUGCAAUGGCCGACCGAGGACCACCUAAUCUAAUCACGAAUGGUAUUCAGGCAGCAGUGAUAGAAUGGAUUAGAUCUCUGGACUUAGAACUUAUAAGCUUAUUACUGUCAAGGAGCUGGCCAAUGUCUAUAUUAGAUAAUAGCGAACCUCGAUGGAGACCCACUCAAGUAACAGAUACUGACAAUGUUGUAAGGAUGGAUAGAAGACAGAGAUUGCUUAGAUGGGAUAGGAGACCGCCAAAUGAGAUAUUUUUAGAUGGGUUUGUUCCAAUUGUGACAAGAGAGAAUCCUGAUUGGGAAGAGACGGACUUGUACGGUUUUGCAAAAAAUAAUCACCCUUCCAUCUUUGUAUCAACGACAAAAACACAAAGAAACAAAAAAAAGUAUGUCUGGACACCGAGAACUGCUAACCGCGGAAUAGUUUAUCAAUACGAAAUUUAUGCUCCCGGUGGAGUCGAUGUUAACGAAUCUUUAUUGCAUGAAUCGCCAUGGCCAAAUCAAAUGGAGGUUGCAUUUCCUGGAGGAAUACAAAACAUAUACAUAAGAUCAGCAAGAGAACUCCACGACGGUCGUAUACAAAGGAUUUGGAUAAACCCAAACUUUUUGGAUCCAAACGAUUUGGAACCUAUUGCUUCUUCUUCAAGAACACCUAAUGUGAUAUGGAGUAUGAACCACCCUGAUGGUGGUCAUAAAGACUCUGAUGCACGUUCCAAAAGAUCAGCAGGCUUUGAAGAUGACAUGAUGUACGGUGGAGCAGGUGAUCUGCAAGAAGAUACGUUUGGUGAUGAGAAUUAUAACCCCAAACCAUUUCCAGAUGGUGAAUUCAUGUUUGAAAGCGUAAAAGAUAAUAACUUCUUUUUAGAUUUGGCUCAGAAAUCAGAAGGUGGAAUCAUCCAUAACCACGUAUAUAACGGUGGGGAUAACCAAGUCUGGGUACUUCACUAUGAUGAAAACAAAAAGGCUUACAAAAUAAGGAGUAAACAAAUUCUUCAUCUAUAUUUGAGUUGGAAUAGUAAUGCUGAGUCUAAAGAAACGUGUCUCCGAGGAUAUUCAAAUAGCGGUAGCGACAACCAAUACUGGCGAAUUGAACAAACCGAAGGCUAUAAUAGGUUUACGAAUCUGGAAAGUUUAAAUAUGAUCAUAACUGCUCAAAAUAAAUAUAGUGCAUUUGGUGGCAAAGGAAUCAUUGUGUGCACUGAAAUUUUGAAUGCAAAGAACUUUCAGCAAUGGAAAAUUAAUCCUGUCUCGUUUCAAACAAUCGCAGAUGGGGCUUAUAAUAUAUUUAAUUGCAGCCUUUCAGAUAAAGUGGUUGACUAUAGUAAUCAAGGAGAUUUUUUGAUUCAUGGUAAUAUAUUUUUGGACAAUGAUAAUCAAAAAUGGAGCUUUAACUACGAUAGUAGUAAGCAAGCUUAUAAAAUAUGGAGUGGUCGAAGAUCUAAUCUUUUGUUGAGCUGGAAUAGUAAUGCUACCUCAAAAGAAAUGCUCCUCAGAGGAUAUACAGAAAGCGGGAGCAAGAAUCAAUAUUGGCGUAUCCAACGAAUCGAUGAUGAGUGUUAUAGACUUAGAAAUCUGGAGAAUUCAAGUUUAAUUUUAAUGUUAAGUAAUGAAACGAGUUCAUAUGGUGGAUUAAAUUUAAUAGUUCAUAAUGAUUCCGAAAAUUAUGAUAAUUUGUGUCCAAAUUGGAAAAUUAAACCCAUCUUUCAUCAGUAUAUUCCAGAUGGCGAUUAUCAUGUAUUCAAUGAAAACUUUCCAAAUAUAGUUGUUGACUUCACCAAUCAAGAGGAUUCUUUGAUACAUGGUCACAAUUACUUCGGGAACAAUAAUCAAAAAUGGGCUUUCGUAUAUGAUGAAAAUAAACAAGCUUAUAAAAUAAAAAACGGUGCUCGUUCAGAUCUUCUGUUAAGCUGGAAUAGCAAUGCUGUGCCUCAAGAAGUGGUUCUUCGAGCAUAUACAGAGAGCGGAAGUACGAACCAAUAUUGGCGUCUUGAAAAGGCUAAUAACGGCUGUUAUAGACUUAUUAAUCUAAUCCAAUUUGAUAAGCUAAUAGCGUUGACUAAUAAUGCUAGUCCCUAUGGAGGCAAAGAACUUAUAGUAUCUGGUAAUAAGGAAAGCGGUAACACUUGGUAUUUGAAAAAAAUAGGGGGUAUUACUGUACCAAAUGGGAUGUUUAGAAUUACAACGAAAAAUAAUUAUAGAAAAGUAAUUGAUUAUAAUGGAGAUAAUAAUUUGAUUAUCACUGAUAAUUUAAAUCUUGUAAGUAGCGAAUGGAUACUUCGAUACAAUUCAAGUAAAAACGCAUACAAUAUAUAUUCUGCAUAUAUCAAUAACUUUGGAUGGAUUUAUCAAAAUAAAAACUUUUUUGUUAAGCUGGGUAACAUAGAUGGACCUGAUCGUGGCGAUUGGAGAUUUUUAUGGAUGAUCGAAUAUAGCAUUCAUCAUGGUUGCUAUAUGAUUAGAAGUCUACACGAUCCUUCUCAUGCAGUGGGUUUUUCUGAUAAUAAUCCAGUCGUAACUGAUACAUCGACUUACUCCGAUAAUCAAUUGUUUCAUUUUAUUGCGUUAUAAUAACAGAAAAUAACGCAACAAAAUUAUUUCAUAUGAAGAGAUAAAAAUAAUCUAUCGUAAUUAUUUCGUAAAAUAUUAAAUACGUUCAUAAAUAUUAAAUAAUAAAAUUAAAAAUGUAGCUACUUAUUACUAACGAAUAACUUCCUGGGAUUUUUCAAUAUCAUUAUAUUUAAAAUAUUUUAUAAUGUAAAAACAUUAUUAUUUACCAAUUAUAGUUAUGUAUGCAUUAAUCUCUAAAUUGACCAGCAGAAGCAUUCACAGACUUGGUUUAAACACAGUUCAGUCAAACACAACUGCUGUAAGAUUUUAUACAAAUAAAAUUAAUCUGUAGCUUUAAUUUGUGUCAAUAAACUAUAUUAUUAUUAUUUUCUCUGGGUUUUAAUAAAAAUCGAAAUAGUAGUAGGCUCAUUCUUUGUGCAUGUGCAUACAAGACAUAAUAUAGAUUUAUAUCGCGAGCAAGUAGAAGUAUAGCUAUGUAUUAGAAAAUAUAUUCAGUGAGAUGAUACGUUGCUAAGUUAUAAUAUGGAAGUCACGGGCAAAGCGAGUAAUAAUUGAGUACCCAUGAAUAAGUUUGGUUUUGUAGUUUUUUGUAGUUAUCCUUAUGUAUAGUAUACUGUCCCCCACUAAACUUAACAAUACAAAUGACUCUUAUUUGUAUUAGCAUUAUAAUUAAGACUUGAUUAAGACUUGAUUGAUUGAUUGGGUUGUUUAUACAAUGAAGCUGCUAUUUUGUGUUAAAUAUGGAAGUUACUAGUGCUUAUUAACUAC